AUGGAGCGCGGACCGACACCCCCAAGCAGGGAAUAUCUUUUACCGCGGGUAGACAACAUUGAUGAAUUCAUGGAGUGGCGGGAAAGUUUUGUUCAACGAACCAUAUACUUCGACAAUUGGUUUCUUCAAUUCAUUUACAGCAUCUUUGACUUCUUCCGCCUCCAAUAUCGCAUCUUGGUCACUCAUUGGAGUGAAUACUCAAGAUGGGAGAAAGAGCGUAUCAAGAAUCCUUGGGGAAAUUGGGAGGGUCAGAUUGGAUUUCAAGACGAUUCCCCUGACCCUAAAUGGAGGGCUAAACUUGUCGUGGAAGUGAAGGAUAUAAACGGGAUGGAUAUGGGGUUCCUAAUUCAUCAAGAUCAAGCCGUCUGGUCAUGGAGAACCGAGCCACCACACGCGGCUUCCUUUUGGGAUCAACCAAGACAUCAGGAUGUGGUGAUUCCAAUCAAAGCAGAGCCACAAUGGUAG